UGAGGUAUCGCGAGAGCACAAUUUCCUUUCGCCGCUCGCGCCGGCCGCCUACCUAAAGAGGCGGAAGAGCGGCAGGGCUUCACCACUCCGACAGACCGAUAAGCAGGAGCAGAAAACACAGUGUGUAACAAUGGCAGCAGAUUCAAUGGAAAUAGAUGAUGCUUUGUACAGUCGACAGAGAUACGUACUUGGAGACAGAGCAAUGCACAAGAUGGCUCAGUCCCAUGUGUUCCUGAGUGGAAUGGGAGGACUUGGAGUUGAAAUUGCUAAGAACAUAGUCCUUGCAGGAAUAAAGACUCUCACCAUCCAUGAUACUAAGCAGUGCAAGGCAUGGGAUUUAGGAACAAACUUUUUUGUUCACGAAGAUGAUAUUCUCAAUCAGAGAAACAGAGCGGAGGCAGCACAUCAUCACAUUGCAGAACUGAAUCCAUAUGUGCAAGUAAUGUCGUCAACGGCUCCACUAAAUGAAGUUACAGACAUCUCUUUCCUCAGACAAUACCAGUGUGUUAUAGUAACUGAGAUGAAGCUAUCUUUGCAAAAGAAGAUUAAUGACUUUUGCCAUGCACAGCACCCACCUAUUAAGUUCAUUAGUGCGGAUGUGUAUGGAAUGUGGGCACGUCUCUUUUGUGACUUUGGUGAUGAAUUUGAAGUGCUGGACACUACAGGAGAGGAACCAAAAGAAAUCUUCAUUUCAAACAUCUCUCAGUCCAAUCCUGGUAUUGUCACUUGCCUUGACAAUAAUCCCCAUAAGCUUGAAACGGGACAGUUUGUAACUUUCCGGGAAGUUAAUGGAAUGUCAUGCUUAAAUGGAUCCACACAUCAGAUAACUGUGAUAUCACCUUAUUCUUUUAACAUUGGAGAUACUACAGAUGCAGAACCUUACUUACAUGGUGGCAUAGCUAUCCAAGUAAAGACACCUAAAAUAUUUCACUUUGAACAGCUGGGGAAGCAGUUGGUCAACCCGAAAUGUCUUGUUGCAGACUUCAGCAAACCUGAGGCACCUCUGCAGAUUCACAUUGCAAUGCUGGCCUUGAAUGAGUUUCAGGAGAAUGUUGGGCGUACACCAAACAUUGGGUGUCUUCAGGAUGCAGCAGAGAUGGUGAAGAUAGCAUUGUCUUUAAGCAAAACACUGGAAGGCAAACCUCAAGUUAAUGAAGACAUGGUGAAAUGGCUGUCAAAGACGGCUCAAGGAUCGUUGGCAUCCCUCACGGCAGCACUUGGUGGUGUUGCCAGCCAGGAAGUCCUGAAAGCUGUAACAGGAAAGUUUUCUCCCCUGCAACAGUGGCUUUACAUUGAUGCAUUAGAAUUAGUCCCAUGUCUCGAAAAAGCUAGCAGUGAAGAAUUUCUACCAAGGGGAGAUAGAUAUGAUGCCUUGAGAGCCUGCAUCGGAGACUCCUUGUGCCAGAAGUUGCAAAAUUUGAAUGUAUUCUUAGUUGGUUGUGGUGCAAUUGGUUGUGAAAUGUUGAAAAACUUUGCGCUUCUUGGUGUGGGCACUGGCCAAGAAAGGGGCAUGGUCACAAUUACAGAUCCGGAUUUAAUAGAAAAAUCCAACUUAAACAGGCAGUUCCUUUUCCGACCACAUCACAUACAGAAACCCAAAAGUUACACAGCUGCAGCUGCAACCCUUAACAUCAACCCUCAGAUGAAGAUAGAUUCGUAUCUUAACAAAGUGUGUCCUGCUACAGAAAAUAUAUACAAUGACGAUUUCUACACCAAGCAAGAUGUUGUUGUAACUGCUCUGGACAACGUGGAAGCACGGAGAUACAUUGACAGCCGCUGCCUAGCAAACCUUCGCCCUCUCUUAGACUCAGGAACCAUGGGAACUAAAGGGCAUACUGAGGUCAUUCUUCCUCAUCUAACAGAAUCAUACAACAGUCAUCGAGAUCCACCUGAAGAGGAAAUACCAUUUUGUACAUUGAAGUCUUUUCCAGCUGCCACAGAACACACAAUACAGUGGGCAAGAGACAAGUUUGAAAGUUCUUUUUCACACAAGCCUUCCCUGUUUAACAAAUUUUGGCGGACCUAUUCAUCAGCAGAGGAGGUGUUACAGAGAAUAAAGUCUGGAGAGAGUUUGGAAGGUUCUUUCCAGGUGAUCAAGUGUCUCAGUAGAAGACCAAGAAGCUGGCCCCAAUGUGUUGAAUUAGCAAGACAAAAAUUUGAGAAAUAUUUCAAUCAUAAGGCUCUCCAGUUACUUCAUUCAUUUCCCAUUGAUACACGAUUGAAAGAUGGCAGUUUGUUUUGGCAAUCUCCAAAGAGGCCACCUUUUCCAAUACAAUUUGAUUUUAAUGACCCUUUGCACUAUAGCUUCAUGCUGAGUACAGCAAAAUUAUUUGCAACCAUUUACUGUGUCCCUUUUACAGAAAAGGAUAUGUUAGAAGAGACCAUUUUAAAGAUAAUAUCUGAGCUGAAGAUUCAAGAGUUUCGACCUUCUAACAAGGUUGUGCAAACAGAUGAAACUGUAAGGAAACCAGACCCCAUUCCAGUCAGUAGUGAGGAUGAAAGGAAUGCUGUUACUCAAUUGGAAACUGCCAUUUUUGCCAAUGAAGCUACAAAGGAUGACUUACAAAUGAAAGAGCUUUCUUUUGAGAAGGAUGAUGACAGUAAUGGUCACAUAGACUUCAUAACAGCAGCUUCCAAUCUGAGAGCCAGAAUGUACAAUAUAGAGCCAGCGGAUAGACUCAAAACAAAACGGAUCGCUGGAAAAAUUAUUCCAGCCAUUGCAACUUCUACAGCAGCUGUGUCUGGGUUGGUUGCUUUGGAAUUGAUCAAAGUAGUGGGUGGCUACCCUUUCCAAGCCUACAAGAACUGUUUCUUCAACUUGGCCAUUCCAAUCAUUGUCUUCACAGAAACAGCUGAAGUGAGGAAAACGGAAAUAAGAAAUGGAAUAUCAUUUACCAUCUGGGAUAGAUGGACUAUUUAUGGGAAAGAAGAUUUCACGUUGUUGGAUUUCAUCAAUGCUGUCAAAGAAAAAUAUGGAAUUGAACCCACAAUGGUGGUGCAAGGAGUUAAAAUGCUCUAUGUGCCUGUAAUGCCAGGUCAUGUUAAAAGAUUAAAGUUGACGAUGCAAAAGCUUGUGAAACCAGCAGCAAAUAAGAAAUAUGUGGACCUGACAGUGUCCUUUGCUCCAGAAACGGAUGGUGAUGAAGACUUGCCAGGGCCACCUGUUAGAUACUAUUUUGCCCAUGAAGAUAACUGAUGCAUUGUACUGUUCCAUGUUGUAGCAGGACCACCCACAAAAGGAGUGCAGCACCUUCCUUAAAAAUGGUACUAUAUACUUGGCAAAGCCUUAAUUCAGAAACAAAUAAUGGAAGUCCUUUCUGUGGAGCUCUGUAGCAAAUUGGAUUUGCCGUUUACCUAUCUGUAGUAUUUUUGUAGUUACCCAAAUCUAAGGGGGACUUGAUAUUUGCUGGAACGUAUGGGUCUUUUUGAAGAAAACACAUUUCUCUCAACCUCUGCAGGAAAGACCAGAA